AUGGCCAGAAUUAAUCCAAAACCUUGGUCGGCAUUGCUUGCCUUGCUCGCGCUGGCCGCUCCAUGUGCUGCCGACGACGAGGCAGAUGGUGAGCCUCACAGAUUGGCCUCGACCCCAACAGUGACGGCUGCUCCCAUCUAUCUGCCCUACUAUGACGAGCGCGCGUGGUCGCUGGUCCGAGGGAGCAUCAUUUCAACGGAUCCAUCCGCCAGCAGAACAACGUAUACCAUUUUCUGCCCGACGCAAACGCCCCUCGCAUGCGACCUGUCUCUCGAAUUCCCCUUCGUCAUCGUGGAGGGGCCCGGUACGCUCGAGUUCCAUGGGACAGUGACGUCGACAUAUAUCGCCGACGUGGAGUGCGACUUGAAGGGCACAACGGCCGCAACGUGCUCGGGUUACUCGAGCUAUAGAUCUGGUUACACAAACGCAUACCACACUGGACCAACGCAGGUUUCAUGGACGUCCACCUUUACUGGAUCAGAGGUGCAGUGGGGUACUUUGACGAUGGCCGAACCCCCAGGGACAACCGACGAUGACUUUGACCCUGCCGGAACCAUGACCACGCCCUCGGCGCCGUCUGGGAUGAUGUAUGAACCUUCGCCGACGUCGCUAGGAUCGAAUUUGCGUGUUUCCGGAUCGCGAUCGCUUUAUGGGCUCAUGGCAGGCAUUGUGGCCGUAUACCUGACGUUAUAG